AGAACAAAAUCCAGGCGCCUCGUCCAAACGUUAGAGUGAACAAUAAUGAGUGGCAUUAUUGAGUUUAAACUAUUACUCGUACGGCGGGGUGAAGACGGGGCGAAGUUCUCAUUAUUCAUGCUGUUGUUGGUUGGACCGGGAGGGCUAUUUAGGCGAAUGGAGGAUGCGCUCCGGUGCCCGCAUCCCUGGCCUUGGGACCUACACCACCUCGAUUACCCUCCAGCUGGGUUCUGCCUCUCCCACGAGUCGUCCGACACAGGAGCCUCGCCAUGACUGCCCUGCCCGACAACAUGUCGCUCACCAUUCCGGUGCCCCCUCGCGACAACAGUCCGCCUUCGUCGAUCGAAGCCCUGAGCCCGCGCUCCAUCAUCGAAGCCGAUUCUGACCCUUCGGAUGGGCAGGAAAGCUGUGGCACGAGUACAAAGUCCGUCAAUCAGAGUAUAUUCGACUUCGUCCGCGAAAAUGGAAGGACAUACCACCGCUAUCAAGCUGGCUCAUAUAUGUUUCCCAACGACCAGUACGAGAACGAGCGCUUAGACCUUCAAUAUGAGAUUCUCAAGGUGCUGUUCAAGGGUCGUAAUUACUAUGCACCUCUGAAAGAGCCCCGCAAGAUAUUGGACAUUGGUACUGGUACGGGAAAGUGGGCGAUUGAAAUGGGAAACCUAUUUCCCCGCGCAGAGGUAUGGGGUAUAGACUCUACAUUGGUAGUUUUUCUAACAUUUGGGAAGGUCACCGGGACUGAUUUGUCACCCAUUCAGCCGGAAUGGGUGCCGAACAACGUUAAAUUCGUCAUUGACGAUGCUAAUGAGGAGGACUGGAUGUUGGAUCCACAUGAUUACAUACAUUCACGAGUUCUUAUGGGAUGCUUCGAAGACUUCCGCGAGAUAAUUGCGAAGUCCUAUCGCAACCUCAAGCCUGGUGGUUGGAUGGAGUCUCAGGAGUACAUGCCGACAGUCUACUGUGAUGAUGGGACGAUGGGUACCGACUACGGCUUUGCGGAGUGGACACAGACGCAAGACAAGGCUGCCAUGAACAUGGGUCGUCCUCUACGCAUUGCCAACAAGCUCAAACGAUGGUAUGAGCAAGCGGGCUUUGUCGACGUGCACGAAGAAGUUUACAAAUUACCAAUCAACUCCUGGCCGAAGGAUCCUCAGUGGAAGAUGCUUGGUCGUUUCAACGAGACCAACCUGUUGGACGGAUUGCAAGCUUUCAGCCUUCAACCCUUCCAAAAAGGAUUGAGCUGGACGAAAGACGAAAUUGAAGUGUACUUGGUCCACGUGCGCAAAGCUCUCUCUGACCGUAACGUACAUGCUUAUCAUAAGAUAUAUGUCGUAUGGGGUCGGAAACCGUUCGACCAUGAACUUGGGGUCCCAAGCCCGCCUUCGCAUCCACCGCCGCCGCCACCAGAAUCCUAGGCUGGUGCCUUGCAUGACAUGCCCUCUCUACGCGUCACGAAUUUCCUUGUCG